AUGGGUAGCACCUUCAAGGAGAAGGUUUUGGGUGGUCCAUCGAAACCCAACAAUGUACGUAAUCUCAUAAGUGAAGGAGCCAUACCUCUGGAGUUUGAGGGUGGAGACCGUUUGUUGCCUAAGUUUAAUAUUGCGCAACCCACGUUAGAACAGUUAUGCUUACCAUGGAAGGAGUGCCUUGUGGUAAAGAUACUGAGGAAGAACAUAGGGUAUCUCACUAUGAGGUAUCGGCUUCACACAUUGUGGAAACUACAAGGUGGGUUUGAACUGAUAGACAUAUCACAAGGAUAUUUUAUGGUAAAGUUUGAUCUAGUGGCAGACAGGGAAAAAGUCAUGCAGGGUUGGCCAUGGAUGCUUUUCGACCAUUAUUUGAUCGUACGACCAUGGUCUCCUGAGUUCAUGGCGGCGGAUGCUAAGGUUGAUAGCACUUUAGUUUGGGUUCGCUUUCCGGGAUUAAGGAUGGUGUUUUAUGAUGAGAGUGUCUUACUUACCAUUGCUUCUGCAAUUGGUAAACCGAUUAAAGUGGAUCUAAAUACUUUGAACAUGACAAGGGGACGCUUUGCACGGGUCUGUGUUGAAAUUAGGUUGGAUCAACCUGUUGUUGGGAAAUUCAACCUGAACGGAAUUUGGUACAAUGUCGAAUAUGAAGGGCUUCAUCUACUAUGUGCUUCAUGUGGGUGCUAUGGACACAUCAUGCGGAAUUGCUCUAGAACUUUAUCUACCCAGGAAUAA